UGAAUUUAUUGCAUGCGGGUCUACUUAUACGUAUUCAAUUAUGUACACCGAGCGUUAAAACAUAACAACACCGAUAGCUUAAAUAGACAAGUCGCUCCCGACAAGACGCUGCACCGGAGAGACAACGAGAGGAAAUGUGAAGUUCAAUCCCCGAACGCAAAACUUGCCACAAGGCAGGAAAGGAGCGCGAAAACCAACCCAGCCGCUCCACAGACAGACACGCAGAGGCGUGGGCGCACAGAGAGAGGAGGCAGUGGUGGUGGUGGUGGUGAUGUCGGCGAAUUGUCGAGGCUGGGGAAGGGUUAAGAGGAGACCCCCCCACACACCAGCGUCUAUCAGAGACGCGCACACACACUCACACUCCAGUCUAGCAGAGAGCCACUGCACCGUUGUUACCGGUUUCAUCCCCCCCCCCCCCCUCAACAACAAUCCUCUAUCCCCACUCACACUUCUUCUUCUUCUUUUCAUUUUGUUCUCUCAUAAAGGUGACCUUUUUGUUAAGGAAAGCUGCUCCCCAUGUUGGGCCGGUCGCAGCAUCCCUUGCCCCAGCAGCAGCAGCAGCAACAGCAGCAGCAAGUGCAAAGGGCUCAGACACAGCAAGGAGUGCCUAAAGAAAGAAUCUCCAGCCAAAGACAUCCAUCCACCCAGGCGCGACUCGCUCCUCCGCCUGCCCAGGCGAAGAGCAUCACCCCGGUCCCAGUGACGAAGACCACCAGCGGCGGCACGCGUCCCGUCUUCGUGAACCUGCGGCGCAAGUGGCUGGUGACCGCGGCCGUGGGCGUGGUGAUGGUGCUGGUGCUGCUCAUCGCCAUCCCCGUGCUCGUCUACUCCAAGCACGCCGCCGUCACGCACGAGAUGCUGGGCACCUGCCGCACGGUGUGUGACCCCUACCUGCAUGGACGCGACAGCGCCGACGGUUCGGCCGACUCCUCGGGCGCCGCCGCCGCCUCCUCCUCGUCCUCGUCGUCCUUCACCCCGCCCACCACCAUGCAGCUGUCGCAGGGACACAAGGGGGAACUGGGCCGCUCGGGGCGGCCGGGCCCUCGGGGUCCGCCCGGAGAGCCGGGUCCCCCGGGUGCCCGGGGACCCCAGGGCGAGAAGGGGGACGCCGGGAGGCCCGGAGUCCCGGGCCACGCGCUGGGCGCCGGGUCGAGCCAGGGGGCGGGCGGCGCGGUGAGCGUGCCCACCUACUACUCUGCGCCCAAGAUCGCGUUCUACGCGGGGCUGCGCAACCCGCACGAGGGCUACGAGGUGCUGCGCUUCGACGACGUCGUCACCAACCUGGGCAACCACUACGACCCGGGCAGCGGCAAGUUCACGUGCUCCAUCUCGGGGACGUACUUCUUCACCUACCACGUGCUCAUGCGGGGAGGCGACGGCACCAGCAUGUGGGCCGACCUGUGCAAGAACGGGCAGGUGCGUGCGAGCUCCAUCGCGCAGGACGCCGACCAGAACUACGACUACGCGAGCAACUCGGUGAUCCUGCACCUGGACGCGGGCGACGAGGUCUACGUGAAGCUGGACGGCGGCAAGGCGCACGGCGGCAACACCAACAAGUACUCCACCUUCUCAGGCUUCAUCAUCUACGCGGACUGAGCCCGCCCGAGGGGGGCCAGGCAGGGAGAACUACCUACAGCCCGGACACCCCCACCCAUGCCCCCGCCCCCCCAACCACCAACACCAUCAUCACCCCCCCCCCUCCUCCGCACCGCUCCUCUCCCACCGCAAACCUCGCCAUUCGAGCCGCCCCCAGAAUAAUAAAACUCCCCCGCAGCUCAAGGCGCGUCGUGCCCAGCGUGCACGCGCAAGCGGGCCCAGCGGAUUCUUCCCAGCUCAGCCUGCCUCGGCCGAUCAACCCCCCCACU